CCGACGUAAAUCCGAAUGCACAAAGCUAAGGUUAAGAAAGGACUAAUCUCUCCACGUGAGCUGCAGUACCUUCAUUAUUUGUACAGUCUCGGCACUGAGUGUUUGUUAGCAGUUGCAGGUUGCAAUCUAUUCUUUCGAAAGUGACCGCUUCCAACACUUAAAAACCUGGAACUACCGUACGCGUGUGUGUGAUCCACGGAACAGAGUUCUAAUUCAUCACCUUUCAACACUGUUUAUAGCUGAUAAGGCCGCAAGUGAUGCUGGUUGUUUGGCAAGGAGCCGCCCGUUGUUGCCUGUGUUGCAGCGGGCAGCGGAUCGGCCAGUGCCACCGUUUUCGCCAGCAACAGUACCAGCAGCAGAAGCAUUAUAGCAACCGGCGCACAUCGGAUAGUCUAGCCGAUAAACUCGAGCGAUACCAAAUCGCUAGUUACCGGGAGGAUGCGAGUCUACUGGGCCUGCAGCUGAGAGCCCGGCAACAGCGAAGACUUGGAAGAAGCCCGGGCCCGCAGCCGAAGCCGCUGAGCAACAACGAGGUGUACUGCCACGGGGAGCUAUUGCACACGGUGCAGAUGGCCUCUAUCUACCCGGACUCGAAGACUUUCGUGGACAUGAAGAUGCGCCAGGAGAGCGCGCUGACACUGCAGCUCUUCGACGAGCUGAUGCAGCGCAGCGGCGGCGCGCCGACGCGCGGCCAGAUCGAGCGCUUCCUGAACGAGAGUUUCGAGCCGGCGGGCUCGGAGUUCCUGAGCUUCGACCCGCCCGACUGGGUGGCCGAGCCCAAGUUCCUGCGCAAGGUGCGCGACCCCGAGCUGCGCAAGUUCGGCCUAGACUUGAACCACAUCUGGAAGCUGCUGGGGCGCAAGAUGAAGGACGAGGUGCGCGCCAACAGCCAGCUCUACUCGAUCAUCUACGUGGAGCACCCGGUGAUCGUGCCGGGCGGGCGCUUCCGCGAGUUCUACUACUGGGACUCGUACUGGAUCGUCAAGGGGCUGCUGCACUCGGAGAUGCACACUACGGUGCGCGGCAUGCUCGACAACUUCGUGUCGAUCGUCGAUCGCUACGGCUUCGUGCCCAACGGCGGGCGAAUCUACUACGCGCAGCGCUCGCAGCCGCCGAUGCUGCUGCUCAUGGUGCACGAGUACCUGCGCCACACGCACGACUACGACUGGCUGCGCGCCAACCUGGCGCUGCUCGAGCGCGAGUUCGAGUUCUGGAUGACCGAGCGCACCGUCGAGAUCGAGAAGGACGGCCGGCGCUACACGUUGGCACACUACGGCGAGAACUCGUUCGGACCGCGGCCCGAGUCCUACCGCGAGGACUACCUGACCAGCCAGAGCUUCCGCACGCUUGCCGAGCGGGCCGAGUACUGGUCCGAGCUGAAGACCGCCGCGGAGACGGGCUGGGACUUCUCCAGCCGCUGGUUCAUCCUUGACGGCACCAACAAGGGCAACCUGACCAAUCUCAAGACGCGCUCGAUCGUGCCGGUGGAUCUGAACGCGCUGCUCUACCGCAAUGCCGUGCUGCUGGCCGAGUUCCACCGGCGGCUUGGCAACGCCAGCCAGGCCGAGCGCUACGAGCGGCGCGCGGCCGACUGGCGCCGGGCCGUCACGGCGCUGCUCUGGCACGAGGAGGUGGGCGCCUGGCUCGACUACGACAUGCUCAACGACCUGAAGCGCGACUACUUCUACCCGACCAACAUCCUGCCGCUGUGGACCGGCUGCUACGAGACCGAUCGCCGCGCAGAGUUGGUGGCCAAGGUCCUCAAGUACUUGGAGCGCAGCCAGAUCAUGAUGAACUUGGGCGGAAUACCCACUACGCUGGAACAUUCGGGCGAGCAGUGGGAUUAUCCGAAUGCAUGGCCGCCGCUACAGUACUUCGUGGUGAUGGCGCUGGACCAAAGCCAGGACCCCUGGGCGCAGCGGCUCGCCUUCGAGCUCAGCCAGCGCUGGGUGCGCAGCAACUACAAGGCCUUCAACGAGACCAACAGCAUGUUCGAGAAGUACGACGCCACGGUCUCGGGCGGCCACGGGGGCGGUGGCGAGUACGAGGUGCAGCUCGGCUUCGGCUGGUCCAACGGCCUCAUCCUCGAUCUGCUCGACAAAUACGGCGAGCGGCUCACGGCCGAGAACCGCUUCGCGACCGCGCGCGACCGCUCGUCCGACCCGGCCUCGCUCGCACCGGCCGCCGCGCUCAGCGUGUCCACCGCAGGCCAGCUGCUCACAGCUUUGCUGGCGAUCGUCAUGUCCCUCGGCGCGGGAUUUAUCGGCUUUAUGGUGUACAAACGGAGGAACUACUAUGGGGUAGCAGGCACGUCGAUACCGAGCAGAAUAGGCGACGGCGGCCAGCGCAAGCAGGCUCACCUGCAGCCGCAGCACCAUCACUCGCGCAACUACGCCUACACCGAGCUCAAGAACAUCAGCGACGAGUGAGCUGCCACGAGGUGCCAGACCAGCCGAGGCGGCCGUGCUGCAACGUGCCUUGCCCGCUCUCUACUCAGCAGUUGGAGAGAGCCAGCUCGAGAUAAGACCGGCGAUGAACGGCGCUCGACUAAUUGCGAGGAAGGUGCCUGAUUUCGGCGCGCACUUCUCGCGCGAUCCGCUCCAUUGCCGGUCGCGCACUGUUAGCGAACUCUCAAGAAGCCUUUGCGCAAUCGGACCUGCUUGACGAACAGAUCGGCGCUGACUAGCCGAUUGUCCAAGCAGCGCCACAUCGAAUAGCUCGGGUACUGUUCGGAUUUACACUGUAGUUGUAAGCGAUGAAUGUGCAGCCGAUCGCCCAAUAGUCGGCUCUUUCGCUGUGAUGUCUUAGCACGCACGCGUGCAUCUGCCUGUAAGCUCAAUUUCAUAAAUUACACGUGCCAUUGCGAGCGCUUCGGCGAAGCGAAUCGACUAAAGAUACGAGCCCGAUGUUUGUUUAACGGGCAAGUACGUGCGCGGCUGUGCUCUUUAGAUUUGCUCGAGAUGUGCGUUGCACUUCGAGGUCACUGGCCUUGCAACUAGUUUAGGGCCGAUCGAACAAGGUUUUUAGGUUCUCGAUCAAAGAAUUCAUUCGUUUUUACUUAUCUGUAUGUGCUCACUCGCUUGACCAAUCAAAGUGACGCAAUUUUCGUAGAACGCGAUAAAUUAAGAACUACACUGACUGACGACAAAGCCGUGCAUCCGAUUUAUAUAGUUAGCCCGACCCAAUUCGCUAUUCAAUCUAAACCUCAUGGAAAUCCUCACUCACGCUCCUUUUUAUUGUAUAAAUUUAGCACUACGUGCCAAUUAUUAUAUGUACAUCAUAGAUACAUAUGUUAAUAGUUGAUAAUCCGAUAACAGUACACAAUUGAUUAUCUUUUCCCUAAUAGUUAUGCCAAUCAAAUUGACUUUGUGGUCGGCUCAGUGCAAAUUUUUAUGCAAAUUACAUGUUAUUCGACAUUUGCCUAGCUUCCCUCGAAAGUACAAAAUGCGCACGAUUGUUGUACAUGAAAUUCGCCGUUAAACGUUUAGGACAACUGCGUAGCGAAGCUCCAUUCAUUCAUUCAUUGUAGAGUUGAUCAAAUCAACAAAGUUAUCAUCCAAAUGUAUGAAAGUCUUUUUAAAGUAAUUAAUUAAUCGUUGAUUGAGUAGAGACGCGACAUUUCUAGCAAUUUCAACUUACUCAUCCUUGUUCAUCGGCUUGUUUGUUAAUCGUUUAUUAGUUUCUGUUUGCUCCGAAUUUCUAUUAUUUUCAGAAGUUGUUGUUUGUUUUAUUUUUUGUUGAGAGAUAGUGCUGACGAGGUAGCGUAUCUUGCUAGCUAAGAUCAUUGAAUGUUGCACUGUAAAUACUAUCGUAAACUAGAUUAUCGGAUGGAUGCGCCGGGGUAUCAAAAUUGCAUUUUGACUUGCAGCGACUGACAAAGUGGCUGACUGAGGGAAUGCGUAGAAAGGAAUACCGUUAUUGUACAUAGACAGCAAGUCGUUAUAUAAUUUUAUCCAACUUACUCUGCGAUUCAACGUAAUUUAACUGUCUCUCGACAAUUUCGGUGCACUUAUAGGUGUUAUUUAUUUGUUUAUUUCUUUUUCAUUUGGCAAGGCUAUAAAUUAGGUUCUGCCCAGACGUUGGCUACUUUAUGAAUUUUACGUCAAUGGAGCUGUGUAGCUCAAGGCUGAUCCAUACUCAUUGUUUUGUGGCUCCACGUCUGUGAAUGGUAUAAAACCUUGUACAAAGUCAGUAAUGAUAACGUUUCAAUGUCAUGCUCAUCUAUCACUCGACGCCGAUGACCUUCUCAUAUUAUUACUUUUAUUAUCUCGUUUAGUGAUGAAAAGUUACAUGAAUUCCUUCCUAUAGACGUUACUGCGCUUUCUUUUCAUCAUCGAUCUUAUCAUUAAUAUCAUUCACAUAAUUAUCACUACUAUUAUUAUUAUUAUUACAAUUGUUAUUAUUAUUAUUACUAUUACUAUUACUAUUAUUAUUAUUAUUAUUAUUAUUAUUACUAUAGUCAUUUAUUGAUAAUGAUAAAAUCUCCCGUUGAAGCGCAUGAAGCAGAGGCAUCGUCUAGUUAGAUUGAUUGAGCAUGUUUAGCAAUUUUGUUUAACAUAAUUGUACAUACUAUGAAAGUUUGAUGACAAACGUGAAUUGAGUGGCGAAUAUUUUGUAUUAUUAAUUAUUAAAAUAACGGUUACUACCCUAUGAGUGGACAACUUGAGUUAGAUAUAAUACCUCAGCGAUUUUAUGUGCUGAGAAAUGGGUUUUUCUUUAUUGUCGCUUUUUAAUUAAAUAAAAAUGAACUUUAAUUGAAAUUGACAAGAAUAUCAUUCUAUGUAUUUUUGUAUUAAAUCUCAGUGUGACUAUUUAUUUCCGCAUAAAGUUAUUAUAAAAAUAGUUAUUAUAUAUUUUUAUAACUAAAACACUUGCUAAGGCUUUUCACUAAUAUACAUAGUUUGUUAGAAAUAUAGACACAAAGUUCCAUCAAUAGAUAUUCCCUACGUAUCCGAUAUAAGAAUGCUGGUUAAUCUUCUUCAGAACAUAUUUAUUAUUUUACCAAUAAUAAUGAUUUCUAACUAUUGUAAUUGUUUGAUUUUUUUUCAAUUCAAAUGAAAUAAAAGUUGGAAAUCACGUAAGUAGUUUUUAAAUUAAUUAUUUAAAUAGCCACACAGAACAGCCAAGAUUCUUUUGCAAUUAUAGUUAUUGGUAUUGUAAUAAAAUUAAUGAUUGGUAUCGUUUUUCAGUGUACAAAUAACGCGCACAAACCCUCAACAUUUUUUAUGCAAUUCCUCCGUAACUUUACAUACAAUGGGACAAAGUUUAUAAUACGUAUUUUGCUGCUCAUCAUAUGCUAUUUCUCUUGCCCCACCAUGUUCGCAUUUCUAUAAAUUUCUAAUUUUUAUACUUCAGCUGGAAACCAACUCGCAGAUCUUUGCAUUGGCUCAUUAAUAAGGUGCUUCCUAGUAUUUUCGAAUCUUAUAUUCAAAUAUACACUCAGAUCUGUUUUUCGAGUUUAUCUAAGCAGUAAUGAAAGUAAUAAAUAAGAAUAAUUUAGAAAAAACAUAUUGAAGCAGCUCUGUUUCCGUACCUGCUCGAAACCGCGAGUCACGAAUAUUUUUAAUGUAAAAUGCAGUUAAGUUGCAAGUAUUCUUUUAACAAUAAUUCUUUUAAUGGUUUUGAGUUUGGUGUAGACAGUAUUUCUAGCACAUGUAUUAUAAAGGGUUUGGAAGGAGUUAUUUGACAAUUUUUUUUGCAAAUUAUUGCACGUUUCUUUUUACGAUAUCGCCCUCAAGAUGAACUUUUCAUAUUUAUCAUAAGGUAAUUUAUUUUAUUAUGAAACGGAACUUUUCAUAUUUAUCUCAUUAAAUAUUAUCCUGAUAUACUCUAAAAAUAACACUGUAGCUUAUAUUACAUUAAAUUUGCUUCAUUAAAUUAAAAAUCAUUAUAAGGUAACAUUUUAAGAACGGUACCAUUCGGAAAUCUAUAACUCGAUUUCCAACUGAAGUAUAAAAAUUAAAAAUUUACACAAUUGUGGCUGCGUGUACAUGGGGAGUAAGGGAGGACAGCGUAAACAAAGUCACAUUAGUAUAGUUAGAAUAUCAUUUACCAGAUCCAGUUUGACAAUUUUAGAGAUUGCAAGGGAAACGAAAGGGAAAGUUAAACAGUUUAAAAUCUAAAAUCUCUUAUUACAAUGAAACGAAGCGCGCUUCCUGCAAUAUUGUGAUAUUUGGAAAAUAAGUAGUUUAGCAACUGCUUAUAAGAGAUUGUAUUAACUGGCAGUAGAACAAAUGUUACUAAUCACAAAAGUAACAUAUUGAGUAAAUUUUAUUUUCGUAUCUUAUUAUUGGUUUCUUUUUUAGUUAAAGUUAAAGUUAUUUGCGUGCGAUAUAAUUCUAAUGUAUCAGACUUGCGUGCAUCAAUGAUGCGGUCAUAAUGAAUUUCAUUAAUCUGUUUAAAAUACGUGUCAUAUAU